GCUGUUUUUUCAUAUGAUCGUCGCGAUUUAAUUUUUUUUUAAACUUGAAUGAUAAAAAGUUUAUUAAUUGCAAAUAGAGGGGAAAUAUGUUGUCGGAUUAUAAAAAGUGCAAAACUGCUAGGAAUUAAAUGUUUAGGAGUAUAUAGUGAACAAGAUAGAAAUUCCCUGCAUGUUAAAGAGUGUGAUGAAUCAUUUUUGAUUGGCCCAUCUCCUGCUCAACAAAGUUAUUUGUGUCAAGAUAAAUUAAUUAGUUUAGCCACUGAAAAUCAUGUGGAUGCCAUUCAUCCUGGUUAUGGAUUUUUAUCUGAAAAUUUUUCUUUUUCUGAAAAAUGUGAAAAAAAUGGUAUAAUUUUUGUUGGCCCAACACACAAAGCUAUUCAUGAUAUGGGAGUCAAAAGCAUAUCCAAAAGACUGAUGCAAAAAGUGGGUGUUCCAAUAAUUCCUGGUUAUUUCGGUGAAAAUCAAUCAGAUUCGAUUCUCCUCCAGGAGGCAAAGACAAUAGGAUUUCCCGUCUUGUUAAAAGCGGAUUAUGGGGGUGGUGGAAAAGGCAUCAGAAUUUGUAUGAGCGAACAGGAAUUUCAAUCCAAUCUGGAUAGUGUUCGAAACGAGGCUCAGAAGGCUUUCGGGAACGAAAAAAUUAUGGUCGAGAAAUUCAUACAAGAACCCAAGCAUAUUGAAAUUCAAGUUUUCGGAGAUAACUUUGGGAAUCUCGUGACUUUAUUCGAGAGAGAUUGUAGCAUACAGAGAAGGCACCAGAAAAUACUGGAAGAAAGUCCUGCAAGUUUCUUACCCCCGGAUAAAAGAAAUCAACUUUACGAAUACGCGCUGCAAGCCGCGAGGGCCGUUAAUUAUUGCGGAGCUGGAACGGUAGAAUUUAUGAUAGACAAAAGUGGUAAAUUUUAUUUCAUGGAAAUGAAUACGCGGUUGCAAGUUGAGCACGGGAUAACGGAGAUGAUCACCGGAUUGGAUUUAGUCGAAUGGCAAUUAAGAGUAGCAUCUGGACAAAAGUUACCAUUAUCCCAAUCACAGAUAAAGAGUGAUGGGCAUGCCAUAGAGUUGAGAAUUUGCGCCGAGGAUCCUGAUCAAGAUUUUAUGCCCUCACCCGGUCCUUUGAAUCGCUUCGUCUUCGAUAGAGAUGAGCUCGAUAAAAAUGUGCGCAUGGAUAGUGGAGUCGUUCAAGGAGACGAAAUUUCGAUAUAUUACGACUCUAUGAUAGCUAAAUUGAUGGUUUGGGGUAUUAAUAGACCCGUCGCCUUGCUCAAGCUCAAAAAAGCUCUUAACUCUCUAUAUAUAAGCGGUGUUAAAAACAACAUAGCAUUCCUGAAUUCGCUACUUGCUCAUCCACAUAUCAAUUACGAGCAGAAAUUAAAUACCGAUUUCAUAAAAUUGGAGUCUCGCGUUCUAAAGCAAACUUUAGGCUCGAUAUCUAAAGAGGGUCUCGGUGAAAUUUUAGCGCAAGCUUCAAUGGCUCAUAUUUUGAGCAAUGAUUCUUCUGUUAUUAACGGGAAAGAGCAUAGAUGUGACCCAUUUUCUACAUACAAGUGGUUCCGGUUAAACACAAAUUAUAAAAAAGAUAUGAAUCUACAACAUAGUGGAUCAGAAUACAAAGUUCGAAUCACAUUCUUAAAAGAUAACACAUACCUAAUAAAGGUAGGAGAUAUAUUCGAUAAAGUGAUUAAAGUAGAUGACCAAAUAUUAUAUACAAAGUCAGUAUCCGAAUUAAACUGGAGUGAUGGCCCUAAUAAUCAACUCAUCAAAUUUAUAAAGGAUGAUGAUAUAGUCAUUUUAAAUUCCAAGGGCAUUCAACAUGAAAUCAGAAUACUUCAAACCGAUGAUAGAUUUGUGAGUGAUAAGAAUGAAUCAAAUAUAAGAGGACUUAAUUACGUAGCUCCAAUCACUGGAACAAUUGAUAAAAUUUUGGUGAAAGUCGGUGAUACGAUAAAAUCUAAUCAACCACUUAUAAUCAUAUUAGCCAUGAAAAUGGAAUAUAUUAUUAGGUCCUCAAAUGAAGGAACAAUCUCCAAAAUAGACUGCAAACAAGGUGACUUAGUACAAAAGAACAAACUAUUAAUAUGUUUAAAUUAAUCAAAGAUCAUAUUCCUAUUUACACAUUAUUAUGAUAUUAUUUUAUUU